AAUUUUUAUUCCAACAAACAGCUCUUUGUCUUGAUUUAUUUUAACCACUUUUGAGAAACGUGGAGGGUUCGUGUUUUGACCUCAAUGACGUUACAUGACGUGCUUGUACUUCUUCCGGGUUAGGGCACUCACUCUCUGGCGUGGUUUUUGGAUUUGUGUACCCACAUAACAUGUGUAACUAAAAAUUGGAAAAUAAGAUGAGUUCUCAGAAAGGUAAUGUAUCUCGGUCGCGAGGCCAGAAGCAUCAAAACACCGCUGCCUUCAAAAACGACAAGUACGGAGCGACUGUACAAGUGAAGAAGGCAAAAUCAAAGAUCCAUGAUGGGCUCUGUCAACAUUGUAAGGGUGUUCUUGAGUGGAAAGUGAAGUACAACAAAUACAAGACACUAACACAGCCCCGAAAAUGUGUCAAGUGUUCUCAAAAGACUGUGAAGGAUGCGUAUCACAUCAUUUGUAAGCCCUGUUCCCUUCAGCUAGAGAUCUGCUGCAAGUGCGGGAAGAAAGAGGACAUUGUUAUUCCAGUAAACUCACAAGUGGACAAGACGGAGCAAGAAGAAGAUGGUGAACAGAGAAAGAGAGGAUAUGGACGAGGGAAGAAGGACAGGGAUGACUUGAACAGUGAUGACGAUGAUGACUUAAGUGACCUUGGAGAUGGCAAUGAUGAGGAUUUUGAUAGUGACUCAGUACCAAAGAAGACACAGAACAAGUCUGAUGUGCUCCCAGAUGUAUCCCAGGUCAACGUUAAAGACUAAAGACAAUGAAGUGGACUUUUUUUUUUUUUUAUUAUUUACAUAUAUACAAAACAUGUUUUCUAAUCAAAAGAUGAGAUGUGACCACACUCAAAUUAACCAAGGCAAAUUAACAAAUGUUACUGGUUGAUGCACAACCUGGACGAUGAAUUAAAGAUGUAAGAUGUGUAAGAUUUAGGGGCCUCUAUUUGGAGAAUAUGGCAGAAAUGGAAUAUAAUAUUCAUAAGUAUGUAUGCCACUGUAGGUUCUCCUACACACUUGGAAGGGGAGGGUGAGACGAGGGGUAUUCAGUUGGUUGCAAACUACAACCUCACUGCUAGAUGUCACUGAAUCCUACACUAUGGUCCUUUUAAUGUCAACACUGGGGCAGAUAAUUCAGGAAGAUUUCAGAUGGUUGUAUAUAAUUUUUUUAUUUAAAGAACCUGAAGUACAGUAAUUUAAGAUGAAUGAGUUGUACAUUGUGCUGUACAUUCACAAACCGAUUCACAAACAAUGCCAAUUGGAUAUACAGCUGCAAUCCAAAUUACUCAACUGCCAUUGCAAAUCAGGUUUAUUGUCAAAAUUUCCAGACUUUCAUCUGUUUGCAGUGAACAACUCAAACAAAAGCAAUUGAAAUAGCUCAACACAACAAAUGCUUCAAGUGGUUUCCCCAAAUUCAACUGAAAAUGCAACUUAUGACUUCUCCAGUCUCAAAAUUAUUCAACCCCCUGAAGCUACCAAUUCCUUCCACAAUAAUUGAGCUAAUAGAGGCCUUGAAGGAUCAGCAGCAGUAAAAGCAGAAGUAGAGGCUUUGCCAGGAUAUCAUGAACUGACUCUGAAAUAUUGACCCUGUCACGCACAAUCAUAUAUUUACACUCAAUUGCCAGUUUAUCAGGAACACCUAGCUAAAACCAAUGCAGUCUAAUACAUCAGCCCCACAAUAAAUGCUACCUUCAUGAAGCUUAUAAUGUGCAGUUUUUGUUGAAACUGUUUUAGAGAGGUGAUUCAACUUUAUGAUAAUUUUAGAGGCUGUAGUUUGUGGUGCUGUUGAACUGUUCUGUGUUAUAAUGAGAAGUGUUUCUAAUAUUUUGUCCACUGCAUUUAUAUCACUGAGGGUAGACCAGGUAUUAGAAGCAUCUCAGUAUAACAAAAAAAUGGUAUUCUAUAGGUAGACAUUUUAAGUGUGUUGAAAUACUAAAUGUACCAGAAUAUUGCUGUUUUGGGCUAGAAUUUCUUCUUUCGUCUCCGCUAGAAUAAACAAAUAUUUAAAUACACAGUAAAAAUAUCAAAUUGA